CCUCAUCCACUCACCCACUCCCCUCCCUCCCCUCUCCCCCCACAGUCGGCGACCUCAUCAACCACGGUCGCCGCCCCUUCUCAUCCCUUCCCCUCCACGCACCCGACGGCAAUCAGGUGCGAGCUUGUUGAGGCUCCGUCGUCUCCCACCGCUGCUGCAUCUCAUCCCCUUCCCUCCCCACUCACGAGACCCGUCGUCGUGCGUCAUGGACGAGGUCCAGUGCUCGGCCGGCAUGGCCGCCCCGAGGGUGACCGCCGCGGCCCGGCACCUGUCGUCCUCAUCGCGCAGCUUGGGCGGGUCACGGCUGGCGCCUGUCGUCCUCAACCGUGGCCAGUUGGUUCAGCAGGAGCGACAGGGGGAGCGGGUGGUCGGAGCAGCAGGGGGUGGUGGAGCGCGGAGGCGACGAGAUGAUGAGAAGGACAUGGACCCCGCGGCGGAGCAGCAGCGGCUGGGGGAGCAGCGCAGCUUACCAGUUCGCUGCCGUCGCCGUCGCGCAAGCCAGGACAGAGUCAGGUUUUACUUUGUGGAUGUCAAUAAAGUUCCACAUGCCGUGGUAAAAAGAGGAACUGUGCGCUCGUCGUCACCUCCAGGAAUGUCAAGCUCUAGCCCCGAAUAUCCCGCCACCCCUUCAUCAACCCCGACACGAGCAUAGCCAGCUGGAAUCAGAUUGCAAUGGAAGGUUGCUUCAGGGGGAUUUGUAUAAGCAUAGUCGUCUGCCACUUCAUGGAUAUGUUCUUCAUUUUAAAGUGUAGCUCACAAGUUGUCGUAUCUAUGAUAUCAUCCACAUGUAUCUAUCCAGCAGUGCAUCAUCA